AUGUCGUUGCUUAUGGAUUUAGAUUCGGACGGAGAAGUGCAAGAGGAACCUCUGGAAGAAGGAGAAGUGGUGGAAGAUGGUGAGAUCGAUGAGGAGCAGCCUCUCGGCAUUGGCGAGCAGAGCCAGGAAGAAGUUUUGCAGUCGCCACAGGACCUCCCUGAAGCGAAAGCAGAGGUCGACUCUGCAGGUGCAGAGACGGAUGAUGAAGACGGCGAAGUGUCGGAAAAGGAGCAAGCACCGGACGAAAGGGAAACAGAAAAAGAUGAGGGUGCUGGUGAAAUCAAGGACGAGCAAUCAGUCGACAAGGACCUCGUCCACGACACAGAGUCAGAAGAGGACGAGGAGCAGGCGGUGGAGAGCACAGACUUGGUCGCCGAAAAAGAGGCAUGCAGUGACUCUUCGCCGGCCAUCUCGGACGAGGAGGAGGAGGGCGAUGCGGAGAGCCUGCCCCACCGGCGAAGGAGGAAGCGUCGACGAAGCACUAGUUCCAGUCCACACCCUUGCCGGCGGCAUCAUCGACACAGGGAGCUGCGGAAAGCUCGUGCCAAGCUCGUCGCCAGAGAGCAGAAGCGCCGGAAGACAUCGGUGCCUUCGCGCCAGCCGCUGCACGAGAACGUGAACCGAUCCAUGCGUGAGGUGUAUGUUGGAGGCCUCGCGUGGAGCAGCGCCCGCCAGGAGGUGGUUCGCGAUGCCUUCGAAGCUGCUUUUCAGGAGUUGGAGGACUACCGCUUGCGAUACCGCGAUGUUAAAAAUCCCAUCGUCAGCGUCCACUUUCCACCACCGGCACCUCCCAAGCGACAGAGAACGCACAACACCUCCACCUUUGUCUUCGUCGAGUUCUAUGAUCGCCUUUUGGCCCGCACGGCCUUGAAGCUCAGUGGCCUUCGCAUCGGUGGCCGCAGCGCACGGAUCUGUCCGCCCAGUGCCGGCGUUGACCUCGAAGGCACGACCUUGGACAUCGCGCCGCUCCGGCAGAAAGAGCUGCUGCCUUUCUCUGCAGGACCGGGUGCACAGCUCCGGUGCCACGUUUGGCUUGGGAACCUUCCCUCAGCGUACGGGCGCGAAGAGCGGCGGAAGAUGAUGCAGACACAGAUCAAAGAGGAUGCGGAGCUCGAGCCAGACAGCUUCGCGAAACACUUAGAUGAUGCGAUUCUGGCAUUGCCGGGCCUACGCGUUCGGUAUCCGGAGAUCACCCGGACUGUGCUUGCGUUGAGGAUCAGCGAGUGCGGCCGCUUCGGGUUCCUUGAGGCAGCGACCGAACGCAUCGCCAGCACCAUCAUCGCCGGGCGGAGGCUAGACUUGGCCAACGGCAUGCAUUUGAAGACGGGCUGGCCAGUUGGUGGUGACAGUGGUGACCAUAGGGAGGAACAUGCGGCCCCGCCCAUGACACCCGAAGGAGGCGACGGUGAGCGGCUGCACCUUUGCAAGGAGGGACGACGAGGGCCGCUCGAAUCGACAGACGUUGUGAUGGAUGUGGACGAGAGCGAUUUUGUUGAGAAGAUGGAAUGUGAAGUAUUCCUUGGCGGCACUCAGUCACUCAAGGCAGAAGCUAUAUGGGGAACGCUGACGGACCGAUUGACUGAACUACCCUCCUUCAAGCGGGAAUACUCGACGCUGCCUGGGCCUUUGUUCCCGGAGAUGCAAGUGAAGUCUGUGUGGGGAAACACCUUCACUUACAACGCGGCCAUUGGGGCUUUGGGGAAGGGCCGGCAAUGGCAAAAAGCUCUGGGCCUUUUCUAUGGCCUUCAAGCCGCGACCGUGGACAAGGAUCUUGUCUCCUACAACACGGCCAUCAAUGCAUGCAAAGACGCGGGGAGAUGGGCUGUGGCUUUGUCCCUGCUCUCCGAAGUGCUCUCCGGUGGCCUUCAAGCAGACGUCAUCACUUUCAAUGCUGCCAUCGGUGCCUGCGAGAAGUCGGGGCAGUGGCAGCCCGCCCUGCAACUGUUUCAAGCUUUGGAGGAUCGCAAGCUCGUACCUCAGGCCACGACUUGGGUUGGGCUCAUCAGCGCUUGCAGCCGCGCAGGGCUCUGGAUGGAGGCUCUUGGCUACUUGUCUCGGCACCUGGCCGACGAGCCGAAGUCCCCCAGCGCGAUCGUGUACGGCGUCACCAUCAGCGCCUGCGACAAAGCCGGCCAGUGGCAGCAGGCACUGUCAUUGCUGACGCAGUUGGAGCAGCAAAGCCUACAGAAGAACGUGGUGUGUCAAAACGCGGCGAUGAGCGCUUGCGUCAAGUGCAGUGUGUGGCAGCUGGCCGUGGAACUCUUCGGGGAUCUCAAAGCUGAAGCGAGCGUGGUGUCUUACAACACUGCCAUCGCUGCCUAUGAUCGUGGAGGCCAGUGGCAGAUCGCGCUGGCCAUCUUUGCUGAGCUGGUCACCAGCCAGGCACAGCCAGAUCUUGUCUCCUUCAACACUGCAAUCAACGCAUGCAAGGAGGGUCACGCUGCUGAAGCGAGAUUGCUCUACACGCAGCUCCGAGAAUUCAAGCUGAAGGCAGAUGCCAUCACUUGCACGUCCUUGAUCAGCGCCUGUGCGUCUGAAUGGCGACUUGCGCUGGCCUUCCUGGCAGAGUUCUACGGCACCAGAAGCCCUGAUGUCUUCACAACCAGCGCCGCUGUGAGUGCCUGCACAGAGGGCCUCGAAUGGAAGAGAUCUCUGCAGCUCUUCGCAGAUUUUCAGGAGUCGAGUGCAGAGGCCAACGUCGUCUUGUACAACGCCGCGAUCAGCGCCGUGGCCCGCGUGCGGCACUGGCGCGGGGCACUGGCCCUCAUGCGGGACCUUCGUCGCACGGAUUUAGCGCCGAACGAGGUGACAUUCAGCGCCGCGAUCUCUGCAUGCUCAGAUCCUGGCUUGUGGCACUGGGCCCUCUGCCUCUUCGAGCAUAGCCGAGGAACGGCCACUGGAGCCAACACCGUGGUGUACACUGCAACUAUGUCAGCCUGUGCCCAGCAGUCCCUUUGGCGCCACUCAUUGACUCUGGCUUGCGAAAUGAUUGCAGAUGGAUUGCCACUGGAUACCAGCGCAUACAACUCCCUUAUCACAGCGUUCACUGCAGGUGAGCAGUGGCAGCGCUCCCUUGACCUCUUCGGCGAAAUGCGUGGUAUGAGCUUGAAGGCUGAUGCCGUGUCCUACGGAGCUGCCAUAAAAGCCUGCGAGAAUGGUCAGCACUGGGAGCUCGCGCUCAGCUUGCUGGCAGAGUCGGAAGCAAGGUCCUUCCAGCCCGACCUGAUCGCCUGCAGCGCUGCUCUGAGUGCCUGCGAGAAAGGAGCGCAGUGGGAGUCUGCCUUGAGCCUGCUCUCGGAGAUGGCCGAGAGGGCGCUGACCAUGGACGUGGUUGCCUGCUCCGCGGCGAUCAGCGCCUGUGAAAAGAACAGCCGCUGGCAGGAAGGACUGCAACUGCUGUCCAACUUCCAGUACAGCUAUGGGGAGGGCGAUCGGAUCAGCUACAAUGCGCUCAUAAGCGCUUGCUGCAAGGGUCUUGUGGCAAGCAUCGCCCUCGAGCUUCUGGAGGAGAUGGACCACCUGUGGACAAGGCCGGAUGGUGUCACCUUCGAUGUAACGAUCCGCGCACUUGCCGACCUCGCAAAAUGGCAACGUGCUCUCGCUCUCUUCGAGGAGAUGGUCUCCAGGGACGUGCAAGCCGAUGCCAUCGCCUUGAGCGCGGCCAUAGCAGCGUGCGAGAAUGCCGCGAAACAGCCUUCUGGCCUGCUGCCGCUCUUCUCGGGUUUAGAAGAAGGUGGGCUCCAUGCGAUCCACCGCGGCUUUCGCACCACCAACGAAGAAAAAAAGGGGCCGGGGCGGGACUCGCCCAUCAUCAACGUGCGCUUGGCCAUCGGGGCUGCUUUUGGCUUCGUGAGGCUCGCAGAUGCCAGGCUGGCAAGCACUGCGGUCGCGCUGGAGGAGAUGGUGGUGCACGGGAAGAAGGUGCUCAUUUGCCGGCCAAGCAGCUUCAAGCACGACGAGGGCGUGGAGGAUCCGUUGGACUUGAAACGAGCUGUGCUUAAGCCUCCACCGCCUCCAAUGCAACCGCCGCCUGCGCCGAAGGAGGAAAGUCAGGCGAUCUUGGACGUCACUCCACCCCCACCCCCGAUGGUGCCAUCGACAGCGCCGCCGUCGGCAAAUUGCCGACUCUGGAUUGGCAACCUCCCAAGCCGCCAUUCUCUAAGCCAGCUCAGCGACGACGAAGACGACGCGCAGAACGGACAGCCCAGCUCCAAGGACGAGGGGGAGAAGAAAGGGACAGGAAGCAUGGGUGAUGAUGCAUUGCUCUGGGGAGGGGGCCUGUGCCAGGAGAUUGACAUUUCAGGUGUUCUGGUUUUUGUUGUUGUAUCGUUGUUGUCAUUGUACCUAUUGGCUUUGACCGGCGCAAUGUGA